AUGGUCGGCUAUUCUAUUCUUUGCUCGUUGUUGUUGUUAUUGCCUCAAUCGUUUGGAUUUGGGUAUCAGGAAACCGAGAUCUAUGGGAAAUUGACUUGUGGCGGAAAGGACCUUCGAGGUCAGAACUGGGUGGUAAGCUAACACUAACUAACACUAAGUUUCGUUCAAAUCCGAGCUAUUUCUUCCGCUAUACAGUGGCGGACCUGAUCCAGUGGCAAAAACGUACCAUUUUGCAUACGGGAAGUAUCAAAAAACACAGUAAAAUACCUCCCUUUCCAAGUGAAAAGACUCCGAUUUCAAGAGUUCUGGGACGAAACUAGGAAGAGCUCUUGCAAUCGGAGUCUUUUCACUUCGAGAGGGAGGUAUUUUGCUGCGUUUUUGAUACCUCCCGGAAGCAAAAUGGUAAGUUUUUGCCACUGGAUCAGGUCCGCCACUGUAUAUCAGAAAAAAGAGCUCAGAUUCCAACGAAAAUUGGUGCAAUUUGUAGCCCGUAUAAAAUAUUAAAUUUUACACAAAACGUUUUGAUUUUAAGGAUACUCCAAUUUUAUUUCAGAAAAUUUUUCUCCGAGAAGAUGACGGCGAUGGGAGAUCCGACCUUUUGGACGAGGGAUACGCCACUGUUAAUGGGACGUAUCAUUUAAAAGGCGGUCAAUUUGAAUGGAACGGAAUCGAACCGUACACAGUUAUGUAAGCAGUUUAUAUCAGUUCAAAACGCCGUAAAAUCCUUUCAGAAUACUCUACCUUUUGUAUCUUUCGUUAUUCCGGAGCUAAAAUUUAAAUUUUGAAUUUCCCGCCAUUUUUGGCAUUCCGUUUCAAGGACCGAAACCCAUUACAAAAUGCUUUAAAAUUAAUUACGAACUAGCCUGACGGUAUUAUCAACUCAAAUCUUCACAGUUUUCUCCAUUCCCCUUCAUAAAAUCAAACUUCCAAUUUCCCGCCAAUUUUUGGCAUUCUGUUUCAAGGAUAUAAAAUUAUGUAAAACACAAAGCUGAAUGCUAAUUGACCCUUAAUUAAGCUAAACAACGUCUUUAUUGCCCAUAAAAACCGUCAAAAAUUUGAAUUUCUGAUUUCCCGCUAUUUUGUGGCAUUCCGUUUCAAGUGUUGGAAAAGCCCCAGAAAUCAUGAAAAAGAUAUCCUAGGUUCGCUAACAAUUCAAAUAAGGCGAAUUCCACAAUUUUUAGAUCCUAUAAAUCUUUUACAAAACGUAAAUAUCUCUAUUUUUUCAUGAAUAAUAUCAACUAUUCCAGUGCCCACUCCUGCGGUGGAAAGUGUCGAAUUUUGACCUUGCAUGGCGUAAGUUGUGCCAUUACCACCUAAUUCUCAUAAUUUUUAUUUCAGCCCAACCACAAUCCCGGAAAUAUGGAUCUCUUGAAUAAAGGCGACGAAGCGCCAGCUAACAAUGCCUGCCACGAGCAGAAAUACUCGCAAGAUAUCACGGAAAUGGUAACCCCGCCCUGGGUUCCCUGCAAUAAUUAA